AUGAAAAUUGGCUGUAUUACUUUCUUUCUUUCUUUCAUAAAUAAAUCUGCCAGAGUUUACCUUACCACUACCAACACUCCCUCUCUCUCUUUAAUAAUUCUCUCUAAGUAUCUCCACAUUUUCUUUUCAAAAUAUCAUCCUCUCUCUUACUUCUUUUCUGUUACUUCACUCUUCAAACUGAAUUCAUUAUUUUUCAAGUUGAUUUUUUUCCUCUCUUUCUCUAAGUCUUACCCUCUCACCUUCCUUUUUCUAUUGCUUGUUCUCUUUCUUACCUUACUUAUCAUCUUGCCUCCUUCUCUGCAUGACUUUUUCUUACUCUCCCUUUUUUUAAUCAAACUUCUUUUCUUUAUGAAUUUUUCUUACUCUCUCUUUUUUUUAAUCUGUCACCUUCUCUUUAUAACUUUUCCUCAAUCUCCUUUUCCUUAUUGUUUUCUUACUCACUCUUUUUUUAAUCCACCUUUUUCUCUUUCCUUCUUCUUCAUGACUUUUUCUUACUCUCUCUCUUUUUUCAAUCAGCCUUCUCCUCCUCAAUACCUUUUCUUACUCUUUCUCCUUCUCUUCCUGAUUUUUCUUUCUCACUCUCUUUUUAACCUAGAACCUUCUCCUUUUUCUUUUUCUAUCAGUCACCAUUUGUAUCUCAAUCAUUUGGUAUCUUACAAAUUAGUCUCUCUGUCUUAUUCUUAUUCUCUCUUCCUUUAUUAUAUUAAAACAGAUUUUAUUCAGCAUCACCGUGAACAAAUCUAUCUAUCUAUCUAUCUAUCUAUCUAUCUAUCUAUCUAUCUAUCCCUUUUCAUAGAUAUUUAUUUAUCCAUUGAGUGUAAUACUUUUAACCAACAUAACAUAUAUAAUAUAUCUAAACAGAAGUCUGCAAAAGAUGGGUAUACUCAUAAUGAGUAG